UGUUGAUGUCCUUCUUAUUCAUCGUCGUCUCUAUCUCUCUCUGUCUCUCUUUUUACUCUUCUUAACACAUAGAACAAUACCCCCCUCCCCACUCCCCACUCUAGGGCUCAUCGCAACGACAAACGACCAAGCGACGACGACGAUACCCUCACACAACACCCACAAAGCGGAACCAAUCCGCACUACCACUCCCACCACCACCACCACCACCUCCACCCACCCAAUGUCCACAGUCUAAUCACCCACCCACCACCACCAAACGUUGCAAACACAACCUCCUCCACCACCCACCCAUUACUACACCUUCCUCACACUUCACCCACCCAGUGGCAACUCCACCCAAGGUCACCAUGUCGCAAGGCGUCAUUGACCUGCGCUCGCCCACGCCCGACCCUCUCAGUCUGCCUCCUUCCCCCAGCGUCGGCCGCAGCCGCGACUCGUCGUUCCGCCCGUCGCCCUCGCGCCGCUCGACCACUGUGCCUUCCCCCGUCCGCCGAGGCGCCCCCGCCCCCGCUGCAGGGCCUUCUCAGCUGCGCCCAGCCGCCGAGGUCAUCGACCUGAGCCUCGAGGACGACGACGAUAUCCAGCCCCUCGCUCGCUUCGUCCACAACGCCGAGGCUGGCCCCGCGCGCCCCCGUCACCCACACCUCGAGGCAGAGCGCUUCCGCAACAACAUGGCGGAAGCUGAUGAAGACGAUCUUGCAGAGAUCGACGCGGCCCUCGCCAGAGCCGCACCCGCGAUGGAGCGCUUAGGCGCCGCCUUCGGCAUUCGUAACGACCCACCACCGGCAGUCAACCCCCCAAGAGGUAUCGGCUUUGGCGGGGCCGUCUUCCGCCGCGGCAACCGCGAGCUGCGCUUCAAUCCCAAUGGCGCGACUCGCCAGUUCCACAUCAACCCUGCGGACGGCGUCGCUGCGCCCCCCAACCCUCCGGCCGACGACGCUCAUAUGGCGACGCGCAGCACGGGGCGCCGCCUCCGCCAACUCCACCGUCUCGUCGACCCCGACUACGAGCCCGACGAGGCCGAUGGUGAUGAGAUGGCCGCUGCUGCCGCCGCUGUCGGAGAUCUCGACCGCCUUUACCAGCGACUCCAGCGCCCUCGCCCCGCUCCAGUUAUGCUAGGCGACUUCUUCCAGUACCCUCUCGGCGGUGGCCUCAUGGGCCGCGCACCCCGCGACAACGACGUGCCCACCAUUCUUGCCAAGGUGGUCGCCGACACAGUCCCCGAGGCGCGCAAGGGAUUCUCGAGAACAUGGGAGGCCGAGGAGAUUGACGCCGACCCGACCGACAAGGCCAUCCGCGUCGACGACCACGGUCGCGUCAUCCCACCAACGCCGAAGAAGAACCGCAAGCCGUACCUCUCCUGCGCACACUGCGUCAACGCCCUGCGCGUGUCCUCGGCUCAGCGCGACCCAAAGGACCACGUCUGGGCGCUCCGCUGUGGCCACCUCAUCGACCAGCAGUGCCUCCACGAGCUCUGCGCUGCCGCCGCCGAGGGUAACGGUGACGCCGCCGCGUCUGACGAGCCUGCAGCCAAGCGCCAGCGCCAUUCGCCAAGGAAGUCGAAGCGCAAGACGGCGGCGCGCCCGCCCCCGCCAGCCGAGCAUUCGUGGCUGUGCCCCGUCGCCGACUGCAAGCGUGUCCACGUCGCGCAGCUCGUCGACGGGCAGUGGACGCAGAAGCAGGGCGUCGGCGCCAUCCAGAUUUACGUGUAGAAGGGGAGUGGAGUAGAGUUUACCCAGCGGCCAGUGUCCCGCUGUAGAGUUAGUUGUCCACCACCAUGUUGUGUAGUAGUAGACCGAGUCGCGCAAGCAGCGCCCUCUGUAAAUAAGUAAGAGCACCAUGCAUAGGCGUGGCAGGAG